CAGCGUUCACUGCCGUAAAAAUAAUCUUUAGUUAUCCGCUUGCAUAAAACUUUAGCACUUGCUAACCGAAAUGUCCGUCAUGGAUGUUUUACGCCCAGCUCUUAUUAAUAUAAAUGGAAGAAUAUAUCGUAGAAAUACAGUAAAAGAAGAGCAUUAUGAGGAAGAAGAAGAUUUCUCUUUCAUUGAAACGCCAGAGCGGGAGGAACUUCUUGAUGAUGAAACAUGUGACAGCUAUAACAUUGAACAAACAGAGAAAGGAUACCGCUGUGUUUUUGAUGUCCCUAGUGCUCUUUAUAAAUACAUCAUUGGGAAAAAAGGAGAAACCCGCAGACGUCUGGAGUUUGACACUAAAACGUCCAUAAGCAUCCCUAAACAAGGAGUGGAAGGACAGAUCGUGAUCACAGGGUCCCAAAAAUCUGCAGUGUCAUCAGCAGUUACUCGAGUCGAGCUUCUUGUGGAAAGUUUCCGGAAGAAACAACCUUUUACUCACUUUCUUUCGUUCCCUCUGAAUGAUCCUAAAAUUCAAGAGGGAUUUCUCAGAUUUAAAGAUGAGGUGCUGCUGCAGUGCUCUCAGGAUUAUGGAGUUGAGGAAAGCAUUUUUCAAAACCCUGCAAAGCUUCAUCUAACUAUUGGCACCCUGACUUUGCUAAAUGACAUGGAAGUGCAGAAAGCAUGCGCAUACCUGCAAGAGUGUGGAAGUUUUAUCAGGGACAUCGCAGAAGGAAAGCCUCUGUUGCUGGAAGUGACUGGUAUAGAGUAUAUGAAUGAUGAUCCAGCCAUGGUGGACGUUUUGUAUGCCAAAGUCAAUGUGAAAGGUGGAUCUGACAGGUUGCAAACGAUCGCAGACCGGCUUGUGGAGCAUUUCGCCUCUUCGGGGCUGAUGGUGCGAGAGUGGGACAGAGUGAAGCUGCACGGCACUGUGAUGAACACCCUGUUUAGAAAAGACUCCGCAGUCAAAGGAACGGGAGGAGCAGGAAGACUGACCACGACUGAAAGAGAGGCUUUCGAUGCGAGAAACAUACUAAAGAAAUAUGGUGCUUAUAGUUUUGGACAGUUUGAGCUGAACACCGUCCAACUGUCGCAGAGAUAUUCAACAGACUGCACGGGAUACUACACAGCUGCAGGGAGCAUCAGCUUCUCUUGAAGCGCAGUCUGACUGAACAUAUUUAAGAGAAAAAGAUGCCUUUGUGGAAAGGACCCAGCUGGAAAUCAUUUUUCGAGGAAUCCGCUGUUGAAUCUCUGGAAAGUUUGUCCUGUAGAUGGCAGUAAAGAGUUUGGUUUCUUCUCAUGGAAAUGACUUUUCUUCUAUAAAGGUUUCAAUCACAUUUGUUCCCUUUGAGAGUUUGAUGCAAAGAACUUUUGAUUUUUAACAAUAAAAAUUCACUGGAAAAACC